AAUGUGAGAAAAAAGUGAUAUUGUGUGUGGCACUUUGUGCUCAGCUCCAGUUGUUUUCUGACUUUAAAGGUGUUCACAAGUCAAGAGAUCAACUUGGAACGUUGACAGGAUGCCGGGCGUGGUCUUUCUAAUCGUUGUGCCGACGGCGAAUUUCGAACGUGAGCUGAUUUACGGCACUUCAAAUAAUGCCCUGGUGGAGACGUCUGCCGGUGGCAUUGGCAGCCAUCCAGGACACCUCGGCCAUUCUGUGGUCGCUGCAGCUGGCAAUGGAGGUGGCAACAAUAAUCUGAACAUCAAUCUUCCGGAGAAUAACAACGCAAUACUACGACUCGAAGUUGAAUUACGUGACAAGAAUGUGCCCAAGUAUCGUCGUGGCGCGGGCGGUGGUCCAGGCAUUGGACAAGUGGGCGGUGGACAAACGCGUACCGCAGUAGGUGGGGCAGGCGCAGGACCACCGAUUUUGCCAGCUGACACCUCCACGGUAGCCGCACCACUGGACAGACGUAAUUUAGUGGUGCCGCUCGAAAAGGUACUUGAGGAGUUACUUGUCAAGCUGGAAAUUGAGCACGUUACUUGGACGACGAGCAAGAAAGGAUACUUCCAUCACGUCGUUUUUCCGCUGCAGGCGGGCGCCGCCUGUGAGACCACCCUGCACUGCCUCACGGAACUGGGCAUUGGCACUAAAUUGAAUUCCAGUGUCAGCGUGCUGCCGUGCAGCGUUAGUUAUGAUGCCAUCACAGAUGCGGCCAACAUGCGAGAUGACUACAGCGAGGAAGCCGAGGAUGCCUCGAAAUGGAACAAUUUUGUGGAAUCAAUUAAAUCGAAAUUAACAGUCAAACAGGUGGUGGACGGAGUACGGGCCGGAGGAUCCCUGUCCUUCGACUAUUUGCUGCUAAUCGUUACUGCCGACUCUUUGGCAGCCCUGGGUCUCGUGGAGAAUAAUGCCCCGAAUAUAGUGGCUGCCAUGUUAGUUUCGCCGCUUAUGGGUCCCGUAAUGUCGAUAACAUUCGGCGCAAUUAUCUCCGACAAAGAACUAAUGCGUGUUGGCUUUCUUUGUCUCGGCUUGGGCAUGUUUAUCUCCCUGCUAUUUGGCUUCAUCUUCGGCCUGAUUCUGGGCACCACCGAAAUGCCAUGGGGCCAGAAUUCCGAUUGGCCGACGGAGGAGAUGCGAGGCAGAGGCAAUGUGCGCGCCCUCUGGAUGGGCGUGCUUUGGGCUUUAACAUCUGGCACUGGCGUGGCCGUGGCCUUGCUCCAGGGUUCCGCAGGACCUUUGAUCGGGGUCGCCAUAUCCGCAUCACUGCUGCCACCCGUUGUCAACUGCGGUCUCUUCUGGUCACUGGCCUGCAUUUGGCUCAUCUACCCAGAGAAACGGAUACCACACUUAAAGAACGAAGCGAUGAACUCGACCAGCGCGUAUCCAUUCCUCUACACGAACUACUUGCCCACCGAGUUCCUGAUCAAUGGCAUCGUCUCCGCCUGCCUGACCGUCGUGAAUGUGAUUUGCAUAUUUAUCACGGCCAUAAUCGUAUUGAAAAUUAAAGAGGUCUCGGCGCCAUACACGGCCAGUCCGGACUUAAAGCGAUUUUGGGAAACAGAUCUUCGCACCGUACGCAAAACGAAUCGCUCAACAAUGCGGCAUCCACGCAGUGGCAGCUCGAUGGCCGGAGGACCUGGAGGACUUGGAACCGUCAGGGGCUUGGACAAGUUCAGCGGUGGCGCCCAUUAUCACGGACUGGACGAGCGCGAUGCCCAGAUGGAUACAGCCCUGGAAAGGGCUCUGGCCCAGGCCGAGAACGAUGCCACAUUCAAGAAGGUCAAGCGGAUGAGUUACUCGAGCAAUGCGGCUGGUGAGUUAACAGAAAGACUUGCCAAGAUUGCUGGCCUCAACCGUCUCAAGACAGACGUUGACCCAGGACAAACGGGCUCAGGAAGUCUUUCUGGCAGCCGGAUGAACUCCAUACCAAACUCCCAACUUAACGUUGAUCUGAAGGCACUAGAUAAGCUGGUGAGCAAUCUUCUGGAGCAGCACACUUCUGGAGGUAAAGGAGCCACUUCACAUAAACCGGACACGGGCACCCGUACUCCGCCACUGCAGCGAAUGGCUUCCAAAAAACUAAACCGCUGGCGUCCUCUCUCUCGAUCCGCUCACAGCUAUAAACGUCAUGAGAGGAGCGAUCUUAUCGGUGGUAGUUUCACCCAGCUAAUGGAGCGAGUAGAUCCCCCGGCAACGACUGCCCAGCACACACAUAAUAUGCCUACAAUUAUGGAGAGCAGUGCUGGCAGUCCGACUCCCAAUAAUUCGCAGCAGCAGGCGGGUCAUCCGCCCAUGUGGACAGCAUCCUUGGACGCCACACCAGGAGCGGUGCGAAAUGUUCUUCACGGAGCCAGAUCGGAGCCCGAGGAUCAGCUUAAUUUGACUCAGAAUUAUGUGGGUUAAGCUGCUGAACCCAUUUUUUGUUGCUUUUAAACAUUAUUUUGAAAACAUAAAAAUAUAUACCAGGUA